AUAAGAAACUAUUUUUCUUAUAUCAAUUAUCAAUGAGAAAAACAGAAAAUUAAUUCUACUUACAUAUGUAUUGCAUAUAAUUUGUGAAUUGUGAUUAAAGCUAUUGGAAAUAGAAAUGGCCUAUUUUAGUGAAAUUUGUAGAAUCUGUUUAUGCGAUAAUGUACGCAUGUAUGUACUAAAGAAGACUGGUCUCGAAAAUUUGUACAAAACAUUGACGAAUAGUUUUAUGGACGAGGAUGAGGAGUCCAUAAUUAUCUGUUUCACCUGUCAUGCAAGACUCAUUCGUUGCAGAACAUUACAACAACAGGCUAUUAAGUCAAAUACAAUUCUGGAGCAGUUGCUUGCAGGAGGGUCCAUGUCAAUACCAAAUCAUCAUGAGGCUAGAGAUAAGAUUCAAUUCACACCAAUUAGUCAUAUAGAUAUCAGGCCAGUAGAGUGUGAUGUAGAAAAUGAUUGUAAGAACGAAAUGUUUAGCCUUGAAUCUGUUAAAGUUGAGGAAGAGAAUUUCGAAAUUGAGAAUUCCACAUUUGUAGAAAAUGGGAAUCAUGAAAUAGAGAGUGCUGAAAAACAAGAUGUGGAGAUUGAUGCUUUUGAAGAUAGACAUAUGGAUUCGGAAAACGACUUGCCACUAAUUGCAUUUGGUUCAAAAAGUAAAAAAGAAGACAAUGACAAAGGUAAAUUAACUUAUGUUAAAAAACAUGUAUCAAAAAAUAAAAAGAAAUCACCACCAAUCCCUCUUGCAUCAUGUAGUUGUACUUUUUAUUUAUUAUAUUUUCCAUUAAUAACAAAAUAUAUUGUGUUGGAAAUUACAAGUUAUUCAAUAAGGUUUAAAAAAUAACAUUAUCAUUUAUGCAAUACUCAAUCAAUUAUCCACAUCAAAAUAAUAGAAUACAAUAAUAGGACAUAAUAUAAUUACAAUAAAGAAAUAUGUCAAAAUAUAAAAUUACAAUACAGAAAUAUGUCAAAUUAAUAAGACUAUAAAAAGAAAUAUGUCAGUUUUUCAACUAUAUUUUAUCAUUAGUCAAUUAGAAUUUACAUAUUCUUCCACACUAUAAAAAUUAUUUUCCAGAGGAUACGACCUCAAUCUGUUUUUAAAUUGGAUCACAGUUGUUAUGCAUUUUAAAUAAUUUGGCAAUUUAUUAAAUAGUCUGACCGCUUGAUAUCUGGCACAAUGUUUAAUUAUUUGUAGGUUAGGCCGUAUUAGGUUCACAAUAUCUUUUCGCCUAGUGUCAUGACGCUUUACCCUUUCUUCUGCGGUUUCAUAUCUAUCUAAAUUUUUAACAAGGUCUGUAAGAAGAACUAGAAUGUACAGACAUGGUGCAGUAAGUAUUUUUAGGUUUCGCAUGUAUUCUCGGCACGACUGUCUUUGGGGUAUGCGCACCAUUAUUCUUAUUGCUCUCUUUUGUAAAAUAAUGUAUAAUAAAUGCCUUUUUAAGAUUGUAAUCAUAACUAUUUCCCCAAAAUUUAAUACUAUAUCUUAGACGAGAUUCUACUAGAGCAUAAUAUACCAUUUUUAAUUGCUUUAUUGUUAGCUCCUCUUUUAAGCUUCGUAAUGCAUAACAUGAAGAUGAUAUAUUUUUUUCUAUAAAAUUUACUUCUUGUUUCCAAUUAAGAAGAGAAUCUAUAUGGAUACCCAAAAAUUUUACGGAAUCUACAGUGGAUAUACAUUCAUCAUUUAAUUUAAUAACUAAGGUGUCUCUUGCUCUUGUAGUAGAUUUAAAAAGGAUAGCUUUGGUUUUUUCAGGGUUUAGUUUAAGGUUAUUUGCAUUAAACCACUGAGCAAAAGCUUCUAAAACGCAGUUAACUUUGUUAUUGAGAUCAAAAAUAUUUUGUGCACUUAUCACUGCAUUCGUAUCGUCAGCAAAUACUACAAGUUCAGUGUUUGGUAUAGAGUUGUACAUAAAUGGAAUUAAGUCAUUUGUAAAUAUUAUGAACAGAACGGGUCCUAAGAUUGAACCUUGGGGAACACCUCUUUUAAUUUUAUUUAGUUUUGAUUUAAAUAUUUUCUCUUUUUCAUAAUUUGUAUCCUUGAUCUCAACGUAUUGAUAUCUGUUACGUAAGUAUGACUUGAAAAGCUCCCAAACCUUUCCUUGUACACCAUAAUGCUGUAACUUUUUAAUUAAAAUUUGGUGAUCCACCAUGUCAAAAGCUAAACUCAAAUCUAGAAAGAGGCCUGCUACCUUUUUCUUCUUAUUUAAAUUUGUCACAACAUCGUCAAAUAAUACUUCUAUUGCGUUAUUUGUUCUAAUAUUAGUCUGAUAUGCAAAUUGCCGUUUAUUUAGUAUGUUGUUUUCAUAUAGAUGUUUAAUUAGUCUUGUCUUUAUUAAUUUUUCAAAAUUUUUUGAAAGAAUUUGCAGUAAGGAAAUAGGUCUAUAGUUAUUCGAGUCUGUCCUGGUCCCUUUUUUAUAUACAGGCAAAAUUUUACUACUAACUACUAACUAACUACUAAUUGUACUACAUGUAAUACUACAUGUACUGUAGAGAUGUACUAUACAUACAAAAUUUUGUUCUUUAAUUACUUAAUUACUUUAGUCACAUCUAGGUUCCGCAAUAAAAUAUCGCGCGCCCAGCGAAGCGACCGGUUAUCAGGUAGUUUUUAAUAUAAUGGAUUUUCGCAAUGUAACGUCUGAUUCUAUUGAUAAUCUUUUUGUCUUGCCUUUUUAUUUUUAGGAUGUGAGUACGAAGAGUGAUCCAAAAGUAAUUAUUGAUAGUCAAUAUUAAACACGGUGAUUAUUGUUAAAAAAAUAAUUUAUUUUUCCACAUAGUUUUAACAAGUCAACGCAUUUAGUCCAUUUUUGUAAUAAUCCCAGAAUUCUCUUAGAAAUAAAUCUUUCUUAAGUUUCGCUAUCGUCUCCAAAUUUCUUGCCUCGAAGGUGUUCCUUGAGUGGAGGAAAUAGAUAGAAGUCAUUGGGAACUUAGAUCUGGUGAAUAGGUUGGGUGUUCAAACAGUUCAAAUCCCGUUUCUUGAAUGGCAGCCAUCGCAACUGCGGCUUUGUGAGCCGGAGCGUUGUCUUGUUGAAACAGCACUCCAUCUCAUCUUAUCGUCUUUUUCUUUGAUAGCUUCCUGCAAUCUUCUUAUUUGGCCUGCAUAGUCGAGAGUAUAAGCCGGAAAUAAUGGCUCCCUUUUCCAAAUAUUCCACAAUAAUUAUUCCUUCAAAAACGGACGCCAUAACCUUUCCCGCCUUUGCACUUUGAAUUUUUUGGCGUCUGGAGGAGGCUCGGUUCCAAACCAUUGAUUGUUGUUGGGUUUCAGGAUCGAAAUGGUAGAUCCAGGUCUCGCCCAUGGUCACGAAACGUAAUAAAAAAAUCUGAUCUGCUUGGAACCUUUCGAGAUUAACCCUCGAUAUGUCGACAAUUUUUUUUUUUGCUCGUAGGUUAACAUUCUCGGUACCCAACGCGCAAUUAGUUCGCAACGUUUCUUUGACCACUGUCACAUGAGAUCCCUGUGACGUCAGCUAUAUGCCUGAUGGUCACUCUUCGAUCUAUCAAUACGACGUCUUCGACUCUUUUCACUUUAUCUUCAGUGAGGGAUGUGAAUGGGCGUUCAUCUUCCGUGUAUGUUCUGCCCAGCUUAAACUCCUUAGCCCAGCGUGAAACUGUGGAAUAUGGAGGAGCAGAGUCCCUCUAAUGUUUCAUCAAGUCGCUGUGUGUCUUUGGUAGACGUUUUUUAAACAGAGAGAGAGCUCUCAUUAAAUUUUUCUCCAUUUUGAUGUUAUCUCUUUGAUGAUUCGUAUUCAAAUGAAUGUACUAGGCGUGUGUAUCUCUUUACGAAAACGACUCACUGAUACGAAUCACUGAAGUGACACAAAAUAUUGGUUCAGUAACAACGUUUCAAAUGUAUCAUUUGUAUCUGGAACAAUGAAACAUUACUUUGCUCUUUGCUCAUUUCGCGCGACGCGUCGCUUGCGAGGCGACUGAGCCACGAGCGAGAGAGACAGACUGAGACAAUGAUUAACUUAACUAUUGACUCACGAGUGGCGAGUGAGCGGGCGAAAUAAUUAUAAUCCACUCAAGUCAGAUAGAGAUAACAAAUAAGAAGUGUAUCACUCAACUCGUACGGAUUUUCGCUGACGUUAUUCAUGCACGUAAAAAUUACCACUAAGGCGCUUAUGUGUCAAAUACUAUACGGUCGUUUUUUGUAUGUAACGUUUGCAUUAACAAGUUGUCAUUUUACGUUGAUGCGGUACUUGUCAAAUUGUUUAUAUUCAUUAGCGCCUGUUUACGAAAACAUACUGAGUUAUGUUUAGGAUUUCUUUGCGUAGCGAUUAUUGUGACUUUACUUUCUUCCUUUUCAUCAUAAAGUUUAGAGUUAUGAUACUUUACGAGUAAAUUCUGUGUACAUAGACAUUGCUGUUUUAUGUAAAUGAACAUUUUUGUAAAUAAUGAAUUGACAAAGUGACAUUUUUGUUAAAGUAUGAAGGAAAAUCGAUUUUAUAUACAAUCUUAUUACGGUACACAAUAAAUAAUCUAAGCACUUAUAUUAUUCAGCAUUGUUGCCACAUAACAUUUCACGGAAUAGUCAGUAAUAAACGCCCGCGACGCAACUUAAUGUAUUCGGAACAUUCUUUCUUUUAUAUCUUUUGAGUCGAUGAUCCAAAUGAAACAUAUCAGUGUUUCGGAACAUUUCAGUGAUCAAGAUGCAAAUGUUCCAAUCGCAAAAAUGAUACACUUUGCCUACCUCCAGAAUGUACCUCUCGAGAAUCGUAGCCUAUUUAUUUAGAUGUUUGACGCGUAAAAAAUAAAAUGGCGUAGCGCUUGUCUUGACGGGUUAGCAAAAAUCAGUAUUUAAGGUUAACUGAGAGGUGUAGCCUAAUGCUAUACUAUUCCUCAUGAUAAAACCCUUCCACUUUAUUAUAUUAAUAUAGAUUACAAAGUUAUAAUGCAGUUGUUGAAUUAUGUUCUUGUUACUUUUAUGUUUAUGUCAUGUUCUCGUACUCCUUAGGUGUCGUUCCAAGCUUAUGGAAGACAGCUUUAGUGCAUACGAUUCCUAAUAAAGGCUGGGACCUAUCCAAAUACAGGCCUAUCGCCGUCACCUGCUUGUUCUCCAAAAUAAUGGAAUCCAUUAUUAACUGCCAGCUCACGCGGUACCUUGUAGAGCAUAAGCUGAUUAGUGACCUUCAAUACGGUUUCCGUCGAAGCUGUUAGGAUCGAUAGUACGGAAACGGCGUGUAUGUAUGUAUGUAUACAUACAUAUAAAAUACAUACAUACAUACUUACAAAAUUAACUAUUUUAUGGGUGCCGGUGGAGAACACACCUGGGUUGCUAGCGCACUGUGAAAUUUUACGGCAAACUCCUAGCCCCCUAACUACCGGGCCUAGUUUUCAAUCUUUGUAUGGCCUACAAAUAAUUCCUCUAUCUUAAUCUUCCCGUAAACUUCCUCUGCUGAACAUGGAAGGAUCUCUCCCGAUGUAGGGAGGAUUUGCCUUGAGCGUCACGCUUGGCAUUGGACUGACGAUCGCAGAACCAGACGUGAGCACCUCUGGCAAUGUCGCCUGGCGCCGGUCUGGAUAUUUUACAUCUGAAGUAAACGAGGUGGUUAUACCGCCACCUGUCGGAAGCCAUCAGAUUUUUCUAGCAAACCCAUAGUCGCCUCUUACGAAACCCACGGGACAACGUAUAACGAUGAAUUCUCUUAUCCCUCACUUACACGCCAACUUCGACUGUACUGUGUGCAUAACACUAGUUCUGUGUGGAAUUCGAAACAGUAAUUAUUAGAUUAAUGUAAUUAUAACAUGGUCAGAAGAACCAUUCUUUCCCACC